AUCUGACGGCACACAUCAGAAGAGUAGUGCAGCCUAACUGCUCUUUUAGAAAGCCGGCGCUCCGAUCAUCACUUUGUCUUUCUCGUGCUCUUUCUUCGAAGUCUGCGGCAGGGAAGUUUUCAGUCCAGGAUGGGCCCGUUAUAUAGAGGGGAAUCUACGAGAAUUCAUAAACCUAGAGGGCGCCAUCAUGGAUUGAGCCAACAGAAGAAGCAGGAGAUUAGGGAAGCAUUUGAAUUAUUUGACACGGAUUGUUCAGGUACCAUUGAUGCCAAGGAGCUGAAUGUUGCCAUGAGGGCCCUUGGUUUUGAGAUGACAGAAGAGCAAAUUAAUCAAAUGAUAGCAGACGUGGAUAAGGAUGGCAGUGGGGCAAUUGAAUAUGAUGAGUUCGAGCACAUGAUGACAGCCAAAAUUGGAGAAAGGGACACUAUGGAAGAGCUAAUGAAAGCUUUCCAGAUUAUUGAUCAAGAUGGAAAUGGAAAGAUAUCUGAAGCAGACAUUCGGAGCAUUGCAAAAGAGCUAGGUGAAAGUUUUACUGUCAGGGAAAUUCAGGAUAUGAUUGAGGCAGCAGACCUCGAUCAUGAUGGGGAGGUGAAUGCAGAGGAGUUCAUCGGGAUGAUGAAGAGAACUAGCUAUGGUUACUAGUAAUAUGAAUAUCCAAGCGGCCUGCGGGUAAAAGGAAUAAAAUUAUAUCGAACAGAAGCGGCAAAAUGUUAUGGGGACAAUUGUGAUCGUGUUUUGCCUGUAAAUAGCGAUAGCAAUUUAAUAAAUAAUAAUAAUAAUAAUAAUAAUAAUUGGCUUGUGGGCAAAUACUCAGUACUCUAUCAUUGUACAAGUUAGAAGUUUAGAACCUUGGGGCUUGCAUGAUCGGAUGCAACUUGAGAUUGAAUUAUUAUUAUUUUUUUAAGCCAAAUGAAUGUACUUGUAUAUAGAGUUAAUUUACAAUAUAAUGUUAUACUGUAUUUGUAA